AUGCAAGAGCACAAAAGUGAUUUUUGAGUUCGCCACCUGCCAAAAUAUUAUAACCAAGUUUUGUAAAGAUCCAAUAAAAUUGUGGCAAAUAUGGAUGACGAUAUGAUUUUUGAUCCUUCUCUUAAGAAGAAAAAGAAGAAGAAGACUGGUUUCGACAUGGAUGCAGCUUUGGCUAGUGAACAAGGUGAAAGCACAUCUGUUGAAGCGCCCGUCGAGUCGGGUGACGUCGACGUGCCCGAGGACGAAAAUCUUGAUUUAGAUAAUUUCGGCAAGAAAAAGAAGAAAAAAAAGAAGACAUUCUUUAAUUUGGAGGAAUUGGAAAGUGCACUGCCAGAAACCACAGAAGAAAAACCACCCGCGGAAGAGCCAGAGCCCCAGGAGGAGGACCUUGUCGAUGAUCUGGAUCUUGAGAUAGAUUUCUCAAAAACAAAGAAAAAGAGAAGGAAGAAAAACUUAGAUGAACUGGUUGCCGAAGAGGAGAAUAAUGAGAACCAAGAGAAUGCUGAAGACUUACAUGGUGAUUGGGUCAGCACGGAUCGUGACUAUACUUAUGAUGAACUCCUUGAACGUGUAUUUGACAUAAUGCGUGAGAAGAACCCAGCUAUGGUCUCCGGUAAAAAACAAAAGUUCAUUAUGAGACCACCACAAGUUGUAAGAAUUGGAACAAAAAAAACAUCAUUUGCAAACUUUACAGAAAUUUGCAAAACCCUUCACCGACAGCCGAAACAUUUAUUAGACUUUUUACUGGCUGAAUUGGGUACUAGUGGGUCUGUUGAUGGUAACAGUCAGCUGAUCAUCAAAGGCCGUUUCCAGCAGAAACAAAUUGAGAAUGUUUUACGUCGGUAUAUUAAGGAAUAUGUAACUUGUCACACUUGUCGCUCACCCGAUACUAUAUUGCAAAAGGAUACCAGAUUAUUCUUCCUUCAGUGUGAGACGUGUGGCUCACGUUGCUCUGUUGCCAGUAUAAAAUCUGGUUUCCAGGCUGUCACUGGCAAGAGAGCUGCAAUUCGUGCAAAAAUUGCAUAAAAUAUUUUAUCUAGAUUAUUUAAAAACAAUUUUGUGUGGUACAUU